GGAGCAACUGUGUGCGCAGUUGUCUGAAGCCCCGGAGAGACGCCAGCUACUAGCCGAGGGACAUUGAAUGACUUUGUCCCCGUGUGUGUGUCAGGGUGAAGACAGCAGACUGUGCGGUCAGCAGCGGAGCUCAUGGAGCCUCUAAUACCUGUCAUCAACAAACUGCAGGAUGUGUUCAACACGGUGGGCGCAGACAUUAUUCAACUGCCGCAGAUAGUUGUUGUGGGAACUCAGAGCAGUGGAAAGAGUUCUGUUUUAGAGAGCCUGGUUGGUAGGGACAUCCUUCCUCGUGGCACUGGCAUCGUCACACGCCGGCCCCUCAUCCUACAGCUGGUGCACAUUGAUCCAGAGGACCGCAGGAAAACCAGCGAAGAAAAUGAGUCCAAGAAAAAUGGACGCCUUUACAGAGCCAUCGAUGGAGAGGAAUGGGGAAAAUUCUUACACACCAAAAACAAGAUCUACACCGAUUUCGAGGAGAUCAGGAGUGAAAUUGAAGCAGAAACUGAUAGAAUUUCUGGGAAUAACAAAGGUGUUAGUGAUGAAUCGAUUCACCUGAAAAUCUUCUCACCACAUGUAGUGAACCUCACAUUAGUGGAUCUUCCUGGUAUUACAAAGUUGCCUGUGGGAGACCAGCCCAAAGACAUCGAGUUCCAGAUAAAAGAACUGAUAAUCAAGUAUAUUUCAAACCCCAACUCCAUCAUCCUGGCUGUGACUGCUGCCAACACAGACAUGGCGACGUCAGAGGCCCUUAAAGUGGCCCGCGAUGUUGACCCUGAUGGUAGGAGGACGCUAGCUGUGGUGACCAAGCUGGAUCUGAUGGAUGCUGGUACAGAUGCUAUGGACAUAUUGAUGGGCAGAGUCAUUCCUGUCAAACUGGGCAUUAUUGGUGUAGUCAACAGGAGUCAGUUAGAUAUCAAUCAAAGGAAGUGUGUGGCAGAUGCGAUCCGUGAUGAAUACGCCUUCCUACAAAAGAAGUACCCCUCCCUCACAAACAGAAACGGAACUAAAUAUCUGGCCCGAACGUUGAACAGGUUACUGAUGCACCACAUCAGAGACUGUCUUCCUGAGCUGAAGACGAGGAUCAACGUGCUGUCAGCCCAGUACCAGUCUUUACUCAACAGCUACGGUGAACCCGUUGAUGACAAGAACUCCAUGUUGCUGCAGCUCAUCACCAAGUUUGCUGCAGAGUACUGUCACACCAUAGAGGGCACGGCCAAGUACAUUGAGACAACUGAACUAUGUGGUGGAGCAAGAAUCUGUUACAUAUUUCAUGAGACGUUUGGUCGCACGUUGGAGUCAGUAGACCCUCUGGGCGGGCUGUCCACCAUUGACGUACUCACAGCAAUCAGAAAUGCAACGGGCCCCAGGCCUGCUUUGUUCGUGCCUGAGGUUUCUUUUGAGCUGCUGGUGAAGCGGCAGGUCAAGCGUCUAGAGGAGCCCAGUCUUCGCUGCGUGGAGCUGGUUCACGAGGAGAUGCAGAGGAUCAUCCAACACUGCAGCAACUACAGCACACAGGAGUUGCUGAGGUUUCCAAAGCUCCAUGAUGCCAUUGUAGAAGUGGUCACCGCAUUACUAAGAAAGAGACUCCCUGUCACCAAUGAAAUGGUUCAUAACCUUGUUGCCAUCGAGCUGGCCUAUAUCAACACUAAACACCCCGACUUCGCUGACGCCUGUGGCCUCAUGAACAAUAACAUAGAAGAGCAGAGACGCAACAGAAUGAGAGACCUGCCCUCUGCUGUCCCCAGAGACAAGUCCCUUAAAGGCCCAGGUGGGCAGUCCCCCUCCCCCACUGAGCUCUUCUCUGAAGGCCAGGUCGCCAAGGCGGUGGCCGGUGGCUCUCAGAGUGGUCAGAAUGUCAGCGAGCAGACAGACAGCGGGAUGGGGAACUGGAGGGGCAUGUUGAAGAAGGGGGAGGAGUUUGCAGCUGGUGACAGACCAGCAGCCCUUUAUCCACUUCCUGCAAUGCAACAGAAAGGCUAUGCUGUCAACCUCCUAGAUGUGCCUGUUCCAGUGUCCAGGAAGUUGUCUGCUCGAGAGCAGAGGGACUGUGAGGUUAUCGAGAGACUCAUCAAGUCAUAUUUUCUCAUUGUACGGAAGAACAUCCAGGACAGUGUACCGAAGGCCGUGAUGCACUUCCUGGUGAACCACGUGAAAGAUUCCCUGCAGAGUGAACUGGUGGGUCAGUUAUACAAGGCGGCUCUGCUGGACGACCUGCUGACGGAGUCCGAGGACAUGGCACAGAGACGCAACGAGGCUGCCGACAUGCUCAAGGCGUUGCAGAAAGCCAGCCAGGUCAUAGCAGAGAUCAGAGAGACCCACAUGUGGUGAGGACGGCCUCUCUUCAUCAGCUCCCUCGCUUCAUCUCACACAGACCCUCAUCCCUCACGGACCACACGACCCUCCAGAACCCCUAGAAUCUCCCAUCACUUGAGGCUGCAGAAACGAACAACCUGAAAAUGCACUGAUGUGGAUAUGUGUGUAUCUAAACAUAGUUUUAAUGUAUAGUAAGGACUUGAAAUUUAAAGAACGGCAGCACUUAUCACCAUCACUUGCUCCUCUCCUAGAGUUUUAUAUUUUUCUUAUGUAAUUAAAACGAUGAAUAUACAGAGAAUGUUAUGCAUCACCACUAUGUGGAGCCUCGCCGAGGAAUGACUGCUCUGAACGUAGAUUUGAAUUAAAGCUAGAAAUGACAACACGUGCUGUAGACGCUAUUUAUCAUGUUACUUCUUUCAUUAAAAAUGUGACCACUGCUA